CUGGGAUGAACCCUAUCUCUACAUUCUCUGCAAGGAUCAGCUUUAUAGAAGAGUGGUUGCAAAUGAGGAGAUUGAUGGGAUCCUUACACAGUGUCAUGGAUCAUCUUAUGGAGGCCACUUUGCCACCUUCAAGACAGUUGCGAAAGUAUUACAAGCUGGAUUCUGGUGGCCACAUAUGUUCAAGGAUACACAAGACUUUGUCUCAAAGUGUGAUUCUUGCCAAAGAAGAGGAAACAUCACAAAGAGGAAUGAGAUGCCUCAGAAUCCAAUCCUUGAAGUUGAAGUGUUUGAUGUGUGGGGUAUUGACUUCAUGGGACCAUUUCCAUCAUCUUUUGGAAACAAAUACAUCCUUGUGGCUGUCGAUUAUGUCUCCAAAUGGGUGGAAGCUAUUGCAAGCCCCACCAAUGAUGCUAGAGUUGUAACCAAAAUGUUCAAGAGCAACAUUUUUCCAAGGUUUGGAGUCCCAAGAGUUGUGAUCAGUGACGGAGGUUCCCACUUCAUUAACAAACUGCUUGAGGGACUUCUCAAGAAGAAUGGUGUGAAGCACAAGGUGGCAACCCCUUAUCACCCCCAAACAAGUGGCCAAGUUGAGAUUUCUAACAGGGAGAUCAAGUCUAUCUUGGAGAAGAUUGUGGGGAUCACAAGGAAGGAUUGGUCCAAUAAGCUC